GGUGGAGUAAAGUGUGUAGACCCAAAAAACAUGGUGGAUUGGGGAUAAAGGAUCUUAGGAUGUUUAAUGUGGCUUUACUAGGCAAAUGGUGGGGAUUGGGAACUUGUAUCUUUUAAGUUUUAUGGUAGCAGGAGAAUUGAGCGAUGAGAGGUAGAGAGAGAGCAAGAGCGUUUAGCAACGGGGCAUGCGGACGACGGACAGCAUGGAGUUGGGAGCCAUUUGGAAACCAAAGAAGGAAUAGAGAUGGGCGGAUUGAUGGUCCAUUGGACAGAGAACCAAGAAAGAAGCAGGACAUAUGGGGGUGUGAUAGAAGGGUGUUUAAUCAAGCUACCGUAUUUUUCUUCACAAACUUCCCGGACGACUGGAGUCAUGAAAGUAUGUGGCUCACCUUCCGGAAAUUUGGAAGAGUCUUGGCUAUUUAUUGUCCACCAAGGAAAUCUAAAUUAGGAAGAAGAUUUGGGUUUGUAAGAUUCUUAGAAGUUAAGAAUGAGGUGGAAUUGGAACGACAGUUGGAUCAAAUCAGAGUAGGGAUGUCCAAACUCUGGGUUAACAGACCAAGGUUCAGGAAAGAGGAGGGGAGAAACAGAGCAGAUUCUAAACCAGUUGUGAUGAAUCUUGUCAAACCAGGGAGGUCAUUUGCAGAGGUUGUUAAAGGGAACCAUGGGUUGGAAGUUAACAAAGGAAGACAUCUUCAGCAAGUUUCAAGUGCUAGAGACUGUCAAAAUAAGCAACAGAAGAGUAACUCGCCCAAAUCACAAACGCAGGUAUGGAUCAUGAAAAAUAAUGUUCGUGCAAGUGCUGGCCUAGAGUUUAAUGUGAAAGAGGAGGACCUCCUAUGGCUGGAAGGGUGUUAUGUUGGAAUUGCACAUUCGGUUAACAUUAUCCUGACGCUACAGCAAAAGUUCUUCAUGGAAGGUUACUUUUCGUGCAAAGUAAGACCUAUGGGGGGUCGCUUGGUCUUAUUGGAAAGGGGUGAUAAAGAUGAGAUAAAGGACUUAGUAGAAACAACCCCGGAAUGGUUGGGGCAGUGGUUUGAGGAGGUUAAACCCUGGGCACCAUCAACGGUUGCUAAAGAAAGGUUCGUGUGGAUUCGAUGCCAGGGAGUCCCGAUUCAUGCCUGGGGGCCUGAGUUUUUCUCAUCAAUUGGGGCUGUAUGGGGAAAGGUUAUUUCUUUAGAUGAUAGCACCAGUAAGAAGAUCAGAUUUGACAUCGGGAGAUUUCUAAUCUCCACGCCCAUUAUGGAGUUCAUCUCUAAAUCCAUGAACAUCACAGUUAAUGGUAUGCCAUAUUCUGUCAAAGUAAUGGAGGAAGAGGCAACCAACGGCAUUUUCUCCAUGAAGUCUGAUCAUGUGUUCAGGGAAUUAAGUGCUUCAAACGAUCAUAGCUCAGAAUCAUGGUCCCUAAAUAGCAACGAUGAAGACGACAUUGCUGAAUCUAUUCAUGGCGGAGGAGACUCUAGGGAUUAUGGGAGAAGAGCAGCAGAUAGGGCUGAUGAUGAUGACAUGGCUAAGGCUGAUGACGUGGGAGAAGACCAUGGAAGAAGGCAAGAAGAGAGUUGGAGGGAGAGCCAUAACGUGGAGACAACGGCUAGAAGAAAGAAAUUUGAAUUUGAAGAUGAUGCUGACAGAAUGAUGAGUGCUGAUGGUUCCAAUAUACAGGCUUAUGAGUAUAUUGAGGAAAGUAUGGGGAAAUCUCAAAAGUUUCCUAUCAGCAAGCUGGAAGAGACGGCUGAGGAGGUAGGCUAUGUGCCUGAUAGCCUGAGCAUGCAUUUAAUGCAGAGACAGGGGCAGAAUUCAAAUUGUGAGAAUGGGAACUUGAUUGGGCCAAAUUAUCCGAACCGGGCCAUUGAGGAAAUGAGGGCCAAGGGUUGCGGGCUGGAGUCUCAAGCAUGUGUGAGAGAUGAGGAGAAUUGGGCCCCCUAUUUGGGCCCCAAUAGGGGGAAUAAAUCUUAUGAAGAUGAAGAUUACGUGGAGAUAAGUCAAACGGAGAAGGAUAAGCUUGAGGAGGAUGAGGUGGAUCGGAGAAGUAGGGGUAGCGUGAUGUCUGAGGAGGAUGAGGUGAAUAGGAGAAGUAGGGGCAGCUGGAUACCCGAGGAAGAUGAGGCGAAGCAAACAAGCAGGGGUAGCUUGGUGCAUGAGGAGGAUGAGGCGAAUCGGAGAAAUUGGGAUAGCUUGAUAAACGAGGAGGAUGAGGAGAAUCGGAGAUGCAGGGGGAGCUGGAGAUCCGAGGAGGAAGAGGCGAAUCGGACAAGCAAAGGCAGCUUGAUGCAUGUGGAGGGUGAGGCGAAUCCGAGAUUCGGGGGUAGCGUGAUGUUCGAAAAGGAUGAGGGGAAUCAGAGAAGCAGGGGCAGCUUGAUGUCAGACGAGGAUGAGGUGGAUAACGUGAAUCAAAGAAGCAAGGGUUGCUUGAGCCGGUUAGAAGAUCUUAGUGAAGAAAAAUCCUUUUGGCAGGGAUUCGAAAGUGAAUCAGGGCAUUUGAAAGCUUGGAUGGGUAGAAAAGAGAGGAAAAUCAAGAAGCAGAAGAAGAAGAGAACGAGGACAUGUUCUUCUGUGUAUAAAAAUUCCAGUUAUGUGGCUCAACCAAGGACAGAGAAGAUGCAGAGAAGACAGAAAAAGCACCGCGAUCUGGAGGAGAAGACUCCGUCGUUCUGUCCAGGCUCACAAAAUCAGGUUGCUGGUGACUCAAUAGCAGACAGUGGCAUAGAAAACAGAAACAAAUGCCUGCGGAUGGAGGGUAAAAUCAACAAGGAAAUGCAGAUUUGGGGGUUUGCCAAAGAAAUUGGGGUUGUGGAUCGUGGAAAUGUGGAAGAAAUUCUGCAAAAGCUCGAGGCCAUGGAGCAACGUGUGGGUGGUCAUGGGAAGAGAACAUGGGUCAGAGAAUUAGUGGUUCGGGAGAAGGUGGAGUUCUUAUCAAUUCAAGAAUCCAAAACAAAGGUGGUGGAUCAUCAACUCUGUAGAGCUCUCUGGGGAUCAGAGGACUUUGAUUGGGUUGCUCAACCCUCAAAAGCUAGGAUCCCUGUUUAUAUCAUUAACAUUUAUUCCCCAUGCGACCCUCCAAGGAAAAGAGCAUUAUGGGCUUCUCUCAAAAACCUUAUUUCUGAAAUUGGUGGGAACUGGUGUUUAAUGGGGGAUUUCAAUGCAGUAAGGAAUCAACAGGAAAGGAAGGGGGGGAUGAGUAUAAGGAGAAAAAUGCUAGAGUUUGACGAAUUCAUUAAUGAAUGUGGCCUUGUUGAUUUACCAUUAAUUCGCAGAAAAUUCACCUGGUACCAACCUAAUGGAGCCUCGAUGAGUAGGCUAGAUAGAUUUAUGCUCUCAGAAGAAUGGUGUCAGAAUUGGGAAAAUGUCAAGCAAUGGGGCUUAAAUCGUUCACUCUCUGAUCACUGCCCAAUUUUUAAAGGUAUUGUCAAUGAUAUCUGGAAGUCUACUGUAGUAAAUGGAUGGAAUGGGUAUUGUCUGAAGGAGAAAUUGAAGGAAACUAAAAAGGUGCUGAAAGUGUGGAGCAAGAAUAUGGCCUCAGAGAUUGACUUAGGCAUUCAAAAGAGCAUUGAUUCUAUUGCCUCUAUUGAUAAAAAAGGUGAGGAGAUGCCACUACCGCCAGAAGAUAUUGAAGCCAGAAGGACAAAUUUCCUAGAGCUAUGGAAAAAUCAAAGGAUGAAGGAAAGUAUGUGGCGCCAAAAAGCUAGAAAGACAUGGAUUAGUGAGGGGGAUGCCAAUACUAAAUUUUUUCAUAGAUGUGUGAAAGGAAGAAGAAGAAAGAAUGAUAUAUCAAGUAUCCUGGUGGGAAAUCAACGACUUGAAGAAGUCAACAGUAUGAAAGAUGGUGUGGCUAACUAUUUUGAGACACUGUUUAAAGAAGAUGUGUGGCAGUGCCCAGUCUUAGAUGGGGUCGAAUUCAAGAAGAUCUCAGAUGAUGAGAGAGCAAUGUUGGAAGCACCGUUUAGUGAGGAGGAAGUCAGACAAGCUGUGUGGAGUUGUGAAAGCUCGAAAGCUCCAGGACCCGAUGGAUUCAAUUUCAAAUUUGUCAAGGAGAUGUGGGGAACUCUUAAGGAAGACGUGAUGGGAUAUGUCUCUGAUUUUCACAAGCAUGGCAAACUGGUUAGAGGGAUAAACAGCUCAUUCAUUGUAUUGGUCCCGAAAGUCAACAGUCCACAAAAAAUUGAAGAAUUCAGACCAAUUUCCCUAGUUGGUGUCAUGUACAAAUUGAUUGCUAAAUUGUUAGCACGUAGGUUGUCUUCUGUUAUGAAUGGGAUUAUUGGGGAGAAUCAGAUGGCUUUUGUCAGUGGAAGGCUAUUAGUUGACAGUGUGGUCAUUGCAAAUGAGAUUAUUGAUGAAGCCCAGAAAAGAAAGAAGAAAGGGUUUGUGUUUAAAGCUGACUUUGAAAAAGCUUAUGAUAAAGUCUGCUGGGAAUUUCUGGAUUAUAUGAUGCUAAGAAUGGGGUUUGGUCAAAUAUGGAAAAACUGGAUUAAUGAAUGUUUGAAGACCGCAGAGGUAUCAGUGCUACUAAAUGGCAGCACCACCAAGCAGUUUAAGAUGCAAAGAGGGCUCAGACAAGGUGAUCCUCUUUCCCCUUUUUUAUUUCUGAUUGUGGCUGAAGGUCUUAAUGGCAUAAUCUCAUCAGCUGCGUCAUUGGGGCUGUUUAAUGGGAUCGAAAUUGGGCAAUGUGGCAUGAAUGUAACCCAUCUCCAGUUCGCAGACGACACAAUUGUGUUUGGUAAUGCUUCGGAAGAAAAUAUUUGGGCUGUUAAAAGUAUUAUGAGGAUUUUUGAGAUGGUUUUAGGGCUUAAGAUUAAUUUUGGGAAAAGUUUGCUUAUGGGCAUCAAUGUUUUGGAAGAAUGGAUGACUAGGAUGUCUUGUAUUUUGAAUUGUAAAAAAGGGAACUUUCCUUGCAAAUACCUUGGCAUGCCGAUUGGGGGUAAACGCAGAUGCAUUGCCAUGUGGAGACCCAUGAUUGAGUCCUUUAAGAAGAAACUUGCCAGCUGGAAAAACAGAUUUAUCUUUCUUGGUGGAAGGAUCACGCUCCUUAACUCCGUGCUGUCUAGUCUCCCAGUGUUCGCGAUGUCUGUUCACUUGCUGCCUAAAGGUUUGAUUCUUAUACUUGAUAAAAUUUGUAGAAAUUUCCUUUGGGGGGGUGGAGCGAAUAAUAGGAAGAUCAAUUGGGUGUGUUGGGAGAAUGUGUGUAGAAGUAAAUUGGAUGGUGGGUUAGGUGUGAAGGAUCUUAGAAAGUUUAAUUUAGCGUUGUUAGGCAAGUGGUGGAGUAGAUUGGCAGAGGGAGAGGAAGGUCUUUUAUAUAAGGUUAUUCGUGGAAAAUAUGGUAGUGGUGGAGGUAAUUGGAUGAAUUGGAUUGAAGAAAGGAACCAGAAGGGGUCAUUAUGGUGGAGGGAUGUUUGCAGAUUAGAUUGUUCGUGCACAAAUAGUGUUGGUUGGCUCCUAGAUGGUUUUAAACUAAAAUUGGGAGAGGGUAAUUCUGUCAAAUUUUGGGAGGAUGUCUGGAUUGGGGACGAGUCAUUGGCUAAUAAAUUUCCCAGACUCUUUUUGAAUUCUUUAGAUAGGGAAAAGAGCAUUGCUCAAAUGGGAUUUUGGAGCAAUGGAAGCUGGAGUUGGUCAUUAGAGUGGAGGAGGCCUAACUUUUCCUGGGAAGAACACUCGAUGGCAGAGCUGCGGAGGAUGUUGCAGACUAUCCAACCUAUUAAGGGACAAAAAGAUCAAUGGGAGUGGAGGCAUGAUCAGGGUAUCUAUUCAGCAAAAUCGAGAUAUCAGGCUCUCUCUAACAGCCACCAACAGAGUAGGAACAACUUGCAUAAAAGAGUUUGGUGCAGGGCAGGAUGGGAUGCAGUUUGGUGUGCAACAAUCUGGUCUAUUUGGAUUGCUAGAAACGAAAGGGCUUUUAGAAACCAUGAGCAAGAGGUCAAUAGGAUUUUUGAGCUGGUGCAACUGCGGACAUUCCAAUGGAUCAAAAUCAGAACAGUAGGGUACUCUUUUAAUCUAUGCAAUUGGAUGUUGGAACCUAUGGAAUGCUUGAAAGAUAAAAGGGGAGGGAACUAUAGUGCUGCAGGACGGGGGCUAGGGGUGGACCCAUGAGAGCAGAAAGGUGACCCUUUUCUACUGUUCUUAGCUAAAGGAUUAGCUACUACAAGACAGGAUUCCAACUAAAAUGAAUUUGCUGACAAGAGGAAUCAUCAAGGACAUUGGAGAAAGGUAUACCUUCACUUUAUCGGACUGGUUUCUUAAUCCAGUUGUAUGCUUUAAAGAUUGCCGUAGGAAAAGAAGAGUACCUAUAGAAUAAUCUGUAGGAGGAGAGGUUUGUUGAUUUCUGGGAGUUUUAGUCUAUAGUUUUUGCUUUGGAGGUCUGAAUUGAUGAUUAAUGAGGGCUCACAAAGGUUUUAUUGAGCAAUUAUUGACUGUAGUAGUUUCAGCCAUACUCAAUGCAUGUUCAAUGUCUCGUGGGUCUGUUGGGGAGUUACGAGUGAGGGUUUGUUGAUCUGUACAGGGAGAUAUGAUGUAUAGGCAAAAGAAGGUAGAAUCCUCGUUACGGACAUAGUGUCGACACUUUUAUUGGGGGUUGACACAUCGUAUUAUGUUUUGAUUUUUAUGGGUUUGGAGUACCCCUUGUAUUUCGUUUAUUAAUAAAUAACAAUUUUGCUG